AAUAUUAUAUUUAAUUCUAGUUUGUUCAAACUGUUUUGUAACAAAAGCAAAUGUAUAAAAUCAAAAAAGUUAUAUAAUUUAAAAAAUGUUUUUCAUUAGCGUGAUAUUUAUAUAUUAUAAAUAGAUAAAUAACUUUAUUGCACAACAUGAAGAAAUUUGCCACUCAAUUCUGUAUUAUUUAAUAUUUAUGUAGCAGAAAUUGCAAUACACACAUUAAAUGUACAAAAAUUUGAUAAAAAUAAACCGAUAAAAACUCGUCAAGAGAAUUGCUUUUUCUAUUGACAAAGAUUUAGGAAAAUCUGUCGCUUACAGUGAUCGAGUAAAAUCGGAUGUUUUAAAUUGGGAGACUCCUUAUCACAGAAAAUAAACUUCAUUAAAAAUGUAAAACUAGUAUCCCGGCGUUUUGAUGUAACCGGUGGGGUUUAAAAUAAAGUACAGGCAAGCCUUCCAAGUCGUAUAUUUAGGGCGACGCGCAAGCGCGAUCCGAUUAAAAGCACUGAAGACUUGUAGUUUGAGCUUUCUCGAAUUCUGCUUCGUGUCGCGAUUCUAAUAGACGGAGUGUAACAACGAAUAAUAAUUUACCUCGUGUGUUUUCACCAAAUAAAUAAAUUUUCCACGUUAGAGAAAACAUUUAAAUCCGCAAAUUAAAAAUUCAUAUGUAACAUUUAGUUUGUGAAAAUCAUGCUGAAAUAAAUCGUGAUAUGGUAUGGUGAUGUUUAACUAAAGAGCCAAAAUGAAAGUGACCUUGAAUUAAAAAGAGAGAGAACGAAAAAUUAAAUAGUAUUUUUUAUUAAAUAAAAAAAAAUAAAUAUACUUUCUAUAAAUUCGCACGCGAAAAAAAUCAACAAAAGCUAAAAUAAAAUAAACGUUUUCAUUCGAAUUUAACGUUAAAAGAAGCAGCACCAUGGAUCUCGGUGGUGUGGACGUUUGGGGCCAGAUUGCCCUGGAAACGUCUCAGAUGUACGUUUCCGAGGGUGGUGCUGCUAAGAGUCGUACUACAAUAGAGAAACUACCGGACAAAGUUCUUCUGAACGUUUUUUGCUAUCUGUCGCAUCGCGAAAUAUGCAGGGUUGCUCGAGUUUGCAAACGUUGGCGACAAAUUGCGUAUGACACGCGUCUUUGGAAGCACGUGUCUCUAAGACCAGAAAUAAGCGGGCUUCACGUGAGCUCUCUGGAAAAUCUACUGCAUUUAAUCAGCGUACGUUUUGGACCGUCAUUAAGAUAUAUCGAAUUACCAAUAGAAUUGAUCACUCACACAGUUCUUCACGAGUUAGCUAAUAAAUGUCCAAAUUUAACGCACAUGUUAUUGGAUUUCUCGACUGCUAUGCAACUGCACGAUUUCUCGGAAAUGCAAGCUUUCCCAACAAAAUUGAAAUAUAUGUGCAUAUGCCUAUCUGAGGUUAUUUUUAUGGAAGGCUUUAUGCGAAAAAUUUACAACUUUAUUAAUGGUUUAGAGAUUCUUCAUUUGAUCGGAACAUACGAAAAGGUCGAAGAAGAGGAAGAGGAAAUUUACGAGGUAAUUAAUGUUCACAAACUCAAAUCUGCGACGCCGAAUUUGAGGGUAAUCAAUUUAUACGGAAUCAACUUUGUGGAUGAUUCGCAUAUUGAUGCUUUCUCCUCUAAUUGCAUCCAACUUGAAUGCUUAGCCGUGAAUUUCUGUGCCAAAGUGACCGGUUCGACCAUGAAGACUCUCUUUCAAAGGAGCAGAAGACUGAAAUGUCUUCUUAUGCAAGGAACAAAUCUCCAGAGCGAGUACGUCAUGCAAGUCGAAUGGGAAAAAUCCAGCGUCCAGGAACUCGAUGUUACCGCCACCGAUCUGUCGACGGAAUGCUUGAUCGAUAUGCUGACCAGGAUUCCUGGCCUUCGCUUUUUGAGUGCCGGUCAACUGAACGGUUUCAAUGACAGUGUAUUAAAAGCAUGGACCGAAGUCGGAAAUCCGCGAAACUUGAUAGCGCUAGAUCUGGAUAGCUCCGAUAAUCUGAGCGACGAUGCCUUGCAUAAAUUUCUGUCUAGACAUGGUCAUCAGCUGUACGGCCUUGCUUUGUCAGGCAUGCCGCAUAUUACCGAUCAGCUAUGGCAAAGUGUACUACCGAUUCUCACAAAUGCAAAAAUACUUGUAAUGGGUACUCAAGAGAGACUAGGUGUUAAUAUUCACGUGGAUCAGCUGAUGGAUGGAAUUGCCAAUAACUGUCUUGAUUUAGAGCGUCUGGAAUUACGCUGGGAUCCAGAAAAUUUGCGAUUUUCCGAUAAAAGUCAAAAAGCCAUUGAUAUCCUACGUGUCAAAUGCAUUAAGCUAAGAUGUUUAAGUUUAAGCGAUGGAAGAUACUAUGAAAUCGUCAAAGCAAAUUUCGAGCGAGCUGACAGACUGACUGUCGUUAGAACAACUACUUGUUGCAGAGUAUCAAACUAUUAUCUUUUGCAAAAUUAUAAGGAUUUAAUUUUUAAUUGACGCGAAUUUUAAUGAUCGAUUCUCACAUCGAGUUUUAUUGCGUUCCUGUUGAUGAAUUUAAACAAACAUGUGCCUAAAUAUAAAGCUCUCCGAUAUUUCUUUGUUAAGGUAUUAACGUAAAAUAAUACUAGCGCGAUAAGAAAAUAAAAUUAAUAAAAGAAGAUAAAGAAGAUAAAAUUUAUAUUGUAUGAUAAUACAAUGACAUGAUAAUUGUAAUUUAAUAUCACAAGUAUUU